UGGGGGGGAAUGGUACACAGCUCUCCUUUUGCAGCAUUUUUCUUUCUUCCCCUCCUCCGUCUCCCUCCCUCUCCUCCUCUUUUUUCUCUUCUAUUCCCCACCCGUUUCCUUUCUUUCCUUCUACUUUGAGCCUCUCCCCCUCCCUUCCUUCCCCCACAUCAUGCUGGAGGUGAAACCCAGGGUCUGCCAAGCAAGCACUAAGCUGCUCCCAGCCCUGAGCACUCCUGGACCCGGGGUCUCCAUGUUAUUUCCCUCCCUGUGUCUUCCCCCAACCUGACCCUUUAUUCGUGAGCCAGCCGGCUGGAGAGCUGCCAGGCCCUGCUUGUUUUGCCUGCUUAUCUACGCUGCCAGCACCCACUAAGAUAGGGCUGUCAGUAAAUGGCCACUUAGCAGAUAGGGAAACUGAGGCACCGGGUGCAGCUUGCUCAGGUUCACAGCUGGUAUGGGAGGGAGCCAGGAUUUGAACUUGAGAAAGCCGUGAUUGUGUGCCACAGCUCUCCUGGGACAGGUGAACAGUGGCUUGGUGUUGUGGUCAGGGUUUCUAUUGCUGUGACAAAAACAGCAUGACCAAAAAGCAAGUUGGGGAAGAAAGGGUUUAUUCGGCUGACACCUGCAGAUCACGAUCCAUCAUUGGGGGAAGUCAGGACAGGAGCUCGAACAGGGCAGGAACUUUUGGAUCAGGAGCUGAUGCAGUGGCCAUGGAGGGAUGCUGCUUAUUGGCUUGCUCCUUAUGGUUUAAUCCGCCUGCUUUCUUAUAGAACCCAGGACCACCAGCCAAGGGAUGGCACCACCCACCAUGGGCUGGACCCUCCCCCAUUGAUUACUAAUUGAGAAAAUGCCUGACAACUGGAUCUCAUGAAGCAUUUUUCUCAACCGAGGCUCCUUCCUCUCUGAUGACUGAUGACUUGUGUCAAGUUGACACACAAAACCAGCCAGUACACAUGGUCUUUGACUCUGUGUGGAGAAGGAAGAGAGACAUGGGGGAUGGGGGCUAUGUCAUGAGUGAAAUGAACCCCACUGAGCCCAGAUCAGCACUCACCUUCCUUCUUUCUGCAGGCACCUCCGUGUCCCCAAUGGGGUGGCUUUGUAUCAAAUUCCUGUCCUCUGUGAGCUGUCUGGUUUCGCUGUGGGUGGCUGGCUGUGGGAGCAUCAAGGUCCUGGGCGAGCCUACCUGCUUCUCUGACUACAUCAACACUUCCACUUGUGAAUGGCAGCUGGAUGGCAUUGUUGACUGCAGUUCUCAGCUCCGCCUGUCCUACUGGCUGAACUACGAGUUCUUCGAGAACCGGACGUGCAUCCUUGAGAGCCUCGGCAGCACGGCGUGUGCGUGCCACAUGGUCACAGCCGACCUGAUAGAGGCAGACACAUACCGGCUGCAGCUGUGGGCUGAGCAGCGACUGCUGUGGAACGGCUCCUUCAAGCCCAGUGAUAAAGUGAAGCCCCCGGCUCCGAGCAACCUCACGCUCUACACCAACAUCUCCAAUGCAUGGCUGCUGACGUGGAGCAACCCAUAUCCUCCGAGCAACUUCCUGCACAGAGGACUCCUCUACAUGGUCAACAUCUCCAGAGAAGACAACCCUUCAGAAUUCAUAGUCUAUAACGUGACCUACGUGGAACCCAGACUGAACUUCCCAACCAACUCCCUGAAGCUGGGGGUGUACUAUCAGGCGCGUGUGAGGGUCUUGGCCUACAGCUUCAAAAAUGGCCUCUGGAGUGAAUGGAGUCCCAGCACUACUUGGCUCAACAACUUCCAGCCCCCCCUGGCUCAGCGCCUCCCGCUUGGGGUGGGCAUCUCCUGCUUCUGCAUCCUGGUUUUCUGCCUGUCGUGCUACUUCAGCAUCACCAAGAUUAAGAAAAUGUGGUGGGACCAAAUUCCCACCCCAGCACGCAGUCCCCUGGUGGCCAUCAUCAUUCAGGACGCACAGGUGUCCCUCUGGGAAAAACAGACCCGAAGCCGGGAGUCAACCAAGUGCCCGCGCUGGAAGACUUGUCUGACCAAGCUGCUGCCCUGCUUGCUGGAGCAUGUUGUGAAGAAGGAGGCAGAACCCCUGAAGGCUGCAAAAACGGGGCCUCCCCAGAGUCCUGGAAAGGCAGCUUGGUGUCCAGUGGAGGUCAGCAGGACCAUCCUCUGGCCAGAGAAUGUCACUGUCAGUGUGGUGCGCUGUAUGGAGCUGUUUGAGGCCCCUGUAGAGACUGAGGAGGAGGAGGUGGAGGAGGUGGUGAAGACGGACUUGAGCACAGUGCCUGAAAACAGUGCUGGCGGCUUCCAGGAGAGUCAGGCAGACAUCAUGGCCCGGCUCACUGAGAACCUGUUUUCAGACUUGUUGGAGGCUGAAGAUGGGGGCGUUGGCCAGUCGAGCUUGGGGAAGUCUUGCUCCCCUCUGCAUUCAGAAAUCGGGCAAGCCUCUCUGCCCUCGGCCUGCUUCCCCAUGGGGCCCAAGGAGGCCUCGUGCCAGGCCCCAGGGCAGCCUUCACACCCAGGCCCUCCUUCAGGAAGCUCAGCCCACAGUGCGAGCGACCUGGCCUGCACACAGACGCCACCUGUCAUCACAGACAAUCCCGCCUACCGUAGUUUUAGCGACUUCUGCAGCCCGGCGGCCCCUCAGCCCGGAGAGCUGGCUUCAGAACAGCUGCAGGCCGAACACCUGGAAGAAGGGGACCCUCCAAGCCCUGCUGACCCCCAUUCCUCAGGGCCACCUAUGCAGCAAGUGGAAAGCUGGGAGGAGAUCCUGCACCUGAGUAUCCUCCAGCACGGGGCAGCUGGGCCCGUCCCAGCCCCUACCAGUGGCUACCGGGAGUUCGCCCAGGCGGUGAAGCAGAAUGCCACCCAGGACCCCGGGGAGCCCUGCUUCAGGCCUUCUGGAGACACUGGUUACAAGGCUUUCUCAAGCCUGCUCGGCAACGGUGGCGCCUGCACACAUACAGCAGAACCAGGGAUUGACGGAGGGCAUGGAGGCUACAAGCCCUUCCAGAACCCUGGCCCUGACCAGCCCCCUAGCUCCGUGCCCUUAUUCACCUUCGGACUGGACACGGAGUUGCCAUCCAGCCCUCUGAACUCGGCCCCACCCAGCAGCACCCCAGAGUGCUUUGAUCUGAAGCUGGGGCUCAAAGGAGGUGACAGGCCAAAGGCCCCUCCUUCUACAGAUCGGGUGACCAAGCCCCUUGGGGAUGACCUGGGCCUUGGCAUUGUCUACUCUUCCGUCACCUGCCACCUGUGUGGCCACCUGAAGCAGCACCACAGCCAGGAGGAAGGCGGCCAGAUCCACGUCGUUGCUAGCCCCUGCUGUGGCUGCUGCUACGACGAGAGCUCAUCAUCCCUGGGGAGCCUCUUGGGGGCCUUGGAAAGCUGUCCUGGGGGGAUGCCACCAGAAGCCAGCCUCCCCUCAGCACCUAGGACACCCUCAAACUUGUCAGGGGAGGGCAAGACCCCUGGCAGUUUUGUUUCCAGCCAGACCACUGAGGUGCCUGCGGGCACCCCAUGCACAGCAGUUUCUUAGGUGACGGAGUGUGCUGUUGUGGCUGAGGUCUGCGCUGAGGCCAGGGUUCAUCCAAGACAGGGAAGUACCUCCUGGGAGGUCGCCCAGCUGGCAGCCUUCCCAGAAAUCCAGAGACUGGUGAAUAGGAGAUGUGAACUUGGCCUGACCCCAGGGGCUUGGAGCCUGGCUGCCUUCCCACCUCUGCCCAGGCUCACCUCUCUCACAAGGGAUUCAGGGGCUCAGAAUGCUUUGUCCCACAGCAAUGCUGAUGCUCCUAAGCCCCACGCUCUCCUACCUGUUGCUGCCGUACCUGCUCAGGCCCAUCUUGCUCACCAAAUAUACCUGUUACCCAAGGUUCACAGAAGCUACUUGACUCUCCUUGAGCUGGAAGCCUAGGCCUAGAAAGUCAGAGCUGGCCUGGAAGUGGCUUGGGAGGCCCUAAAAACCGGUGCAAAUUUGAAGGGGAGGGAGGACAGGUAUUGUCCCAAGGAGGCCAUUCAUUGGCCAGCUACUGUGGGCUCAGACUGGAGGCAGAGUCUUCUGUCCCAGCUUGGCUCAGCUGUGGAGAGCAACAAGGACCCAAGAAACUCAAUUGCCCAAAGGAGCCACAGUCACGGCCGGUUGCCCACAUGUGAUCUGAAGCCAGGGCUCCCAGGAUGUGGGAGUGGGGAUCCCAAUAAACAAACACAGCUGCCCAGUGGCAGGUCCUGGUGGACACCACUGCUGUCAGCGCCAAGUCGAGAUCAAGGGAUCGGGAUGGAGCUGGUUCUGGUUGGUGGCUGGGUGGUAGGGGUGGCAGAUGGCAGACUGCAAUCUGAUUGUGUUCUGGGACCAGGCUUAGCAGUGUUUGCAUGUCUCACCUUUGCGACACCUAGUAUGUUUGCAAGGAGGGCGGGGCUGGCCAUGUGGACCUUCAUGUCAAUAAAGACUCUUUGUAUUGUCA